AUGCACCUCAGGACCAUCAUCGAUGGCGAGGUUCGGCAGGAUGAGACGGUGGGCGAUCUGCUGUUCGACUGCCGCUACUUGAUCUCCUAUCUGUCCCAGGGCACGACGCUGCAGAAGGGCAGUGUAAUCAUGACAGGUACCCCCGGAGGUGUGGGCGCGGGUUUCAACCCCCCAAAGUGGCUGGUUCCGGGGACUCAGAUGGAUGUGCACAUCUCGCAGAUUGGGACCUUGCGGAAUAACGUUGUUUAUGCGUAG